AUUAUGAGCACAACCGUUGAAGUUGGGCUCAUGUUUGCUUCUAAAGCUAUCGUACAAUUAAUAGCCAAUCCAUUUGUUGGUUCUCUUACAAAUAAAAUUGGCUACAGUGUACCUCUUUUUGCAGGAUUCGUCAUAAUGUUUGUAUCAACUAUGAUUUUUGCUUUUGCAAAGAACUACGUUGUUUUAUUUCUAGCUAGAGCUCUUCAAGGAGUUGGAUCCGCUUGUUCGAGCAUAUCUGGUUUGUACUAA